GCGAUCAACCCAUUCAUCGGUAGGAAAUAUUGCAUGAUAUCCAUUGUCAACAUCCAAGGUCUAUCCAUGGGUGCAAAGUUCUUGCUUGUGUUGGUAGUAGUGGCGACUGUUUCGAGCAAUUGUAGAGUACAAGGAGCACUGGACCGAGGAUUCUACGAUGAUUCGUGCCCUCCUUUCGAAGUGAUCGUCUCUGGAACCGUCCAAAGUUUCCUCGAUAGAGAUCCUAGUGUUGCUCCAGGUCUUCUCCGGAUGCUCUUUCACGACGCUUUUGUUGGAGGCCUUGAUGGGUCACCCUUGCUCAAUUCAUCGGGAGGGAGUGAUCCACCAGAGAGACUUGCGACUCCAAAUCUCUCGCUGCAUGGCUUUGAUUUGAUCGACGCGAUCAAGUCCAAGCUCGAGGGGAUUUGCCCCGGCAUUGUUUCCUGCGCGGAUAUCUUGGCAACCGCGGCCAGGGACGCCAUAACUUUGACGAAUGGACCGUUUUGGAGGGUGAAAUUCGGUCGGCGAGAUGGAAGAAGCUCAAACUUCAACGAAGCAAACCAUCUCCCCAGCCCAUUCGAAGACGCAAAUGGACUGCUUGCGAAAUUUGCCGCGAAAGGCUUCACUGCCGAGGAAAUGGUGCUCCUCCAAGGAGGAGGACACAGCAUUGGUGUGGGGCACUGCCCACUCAUCGCGUCUCGCCUCUCCAACCCAGACCCCACAUUGGAUCCCUCCUACGCCGCGCAGCUCCGACCGAUUUGCAGCGCCAACGCCAAUGCCGCACUGCCCAACGAUCCAGUCACGCCACCGCUGCUCGACAACCAGUACUUUGCAAACGUCCAGGCCAGGAAGGGGCUCUUCACCUCGGAUCAAGAGCUCCUUUUCGAUGGGCGCACGAAGCCAGCGAUCGACAAGUACGCAGCCUCCAGCAGCGCGUUUGCGAGGGAUUUCUCGAAGGCGAUUCAGAAGCUCUCGGAGCUUGGCGUGCUCACGGGCUCGCAGGGAAGCGUCCGGAAGAUCUGCGCCAUUGCCAACUAAGCCCUCGUUUUAGACACGUAAUACUCAUAACGUGGCAAAAUAUUUGCCACGCGUCAAAUAUGAUAAGAUCUGUGAAAAUAUAAUUACCAUACGAUUAAUUAAUUUUAUAACCAAAUCA